UGCUGCAGGGCGUCUGCUCCAGCCAGACCUGGUAAGGUUGCUGGACCCCAAGUCAUGUCACUUCAUCCUGUCAUCGUGCUGGUGCUCGUGCUGUGCCUGGGAUGGAAAAUUAACACACAGGAUGGAUCUCUGUCUGAUAUCACCAUCUGUGCUGAGCCAGGUCCUGUGAUCUUUCAAGGGAGUUUUGUAACUGUUGUGUGCUCAAAGUCUGGUAACUAUGACAAAGUCCGCCUAGAGAAGGACGGCAACACCUUUAUGGAAAAGGAUUCUGAGCCAUCUAUGAGAGAGGAUAGAUUCCACAUUGGGCCAGUGAAUAAAACCAUUACUGGACAUUAUCACUGUAUUUAUAGGAACGAGAACACCUGGUCCAAUCGCAGUGAGAAGCUGGAGCUAAAGGUGACCAAAGAACAUGUCACCCAGGUUCCUUCCCCAGGUCCAACAAUGACCUCAGAUCCAUCCAUCAUCUGCCAUGACAAUAAACCCUUUUGGAACCAAGGACUUCUUCGUGUCAUUGGGGCCUGCCACCACCAAAGCCUCCAGGCCACUGGAACCAUAGACCUCAUCCCGCCUGUGGGACCCGUCACAGCGUGUGGAAGCCUCCCCAGGACCCCACCACUGCAGAGGCCUCUAAAUUUUUCCCCACAGCCAGAUACAUCUUGGCCAAAGGCAUACAGCAUUUAUAUCCUUACUGUGGCUUCUGUGAUUUUCCUCCUUUGUCUUUCUUUUUUUCUCUUCUGCUUCCUUAGUCACCGUCAGAAAAAACAAGGACUCCCCCAAAACAAGAGACAGCAGCAGAGCCCACAGGAGAGGCUCAGCCUAGCUAAUAAUGGCCUGGAGAUGACACCAGACAUAGUUGCAGAUGACAGGCUUCCUGAGGACAGACAGACAGAAAUCUGGACCCCAGUUGCAGGAGACCUUCAGGAGGUGACAUAUGCCCAGUUGGACCAUCACUCCCUCACACAGAGGGCAGUUGGAGCUGUGACCCCACAGAGCACAGAUAUCAUGACUGAGUCCAGCACAUAUGCAGCCAUCAUCAGACCCUAAGCCUGGACACACCUGGAGACAUACACCAUCACUAUUGGAAAAGCCGGAAGAAGCCACCAAGGCUUUCUCUUGGGAUCAGCUUGGUGUGGAAAGCUAGGUCCCUGUUCCCCAUCCAGGAGUUGAAUUGUAUAUGUGGUAGUGUCGGCCCUUGGAAAGACUAUAUUGCAGUAACUUUCAGAGCCCUAGUUACAUUCACUCGGCUGUUUCCAGAGACACAGUUACAGCUCUAGCUGUUUCUUCAGACCCAUGCACAUCCCACAUCAUUUAAUGAGCAGCACUGUAAUUGUCCAGCUAUCUUUACAUCCCCAGUUGUGUGAUGAGCCCAGUGAACCCUAUAGGCUUCCUUGGAUCUCCUUGCUGACUCUGACUGGGAUGUACUCAUGUAGCUGAAAGCUGAGUCCCUUUUCUGUGCCAGACCUUAUGGAGUGCAUCAUGAGCAUCUACAGUCCAGGUGGGUCUUGGACAUACAGACUGUAAGGACUCAAACUCUGUUUUCAGUUGUUCAGAGAUGAGUGGAGAAAUGAGGGCUACAAAAGGGUGCAUAUGAUUUCCUUUUCUUUAAAAUUUAUGUUUAAUUGACCAAGACUGUGCACAUCCAAGUGUGAACUAUCAGAACUUGAUGUGACAUUGUAUGUGUAGCCAUUACUACAAACACUCAACACUACUGCCACCUCCCACUGGAUUACCUGAACAUGUUCACUGAUGAUUGAA